AUGAGUUUACCGAUUGAAACAACAACUGGAUGUGACACUAGUGCGUCUUCCUCCUUGACUAAAGAAUUCAAUGCACUGGUUGAAAACACGAAUUUUGAUGAUAAAAUUUGUUUAGAAGAUUUUACACUCAUUCGUGUCAUUGGAAAAGGAUCAUUUGGAAAAGUGACACUUGUGCGCAAGAAAAACAAUAGUAAAGUGUUUGCAAUGAAGAUCUUAACCAAAUCUCACUUGCUGAAGCGAAAACAAGUGGAACAUACCAAGACAGAACGUCGUGUACUUAGUGUCGCAAGUCAUCCAUUUAUUGUGGGUCUACACUAUGCUUUUCAAACUCCAGCUAAGCUUUAUUUUGUCUUGGAUUAUUGUCCAGGUGGAGAACUCUUUUUUCAUCUUUCACGCAUGGGCAAGUUUGACGAAGAGAUGGCGCGAUUUUAUGCUGCUGAACUUGUUGUUGCACUGGAACAUUUACACUCACUUGGUGUUGUCUAUCGUGACUUGAAACCUGAAAACAUUUUACUUGAUGAGUUGGGUCAUAUCAAGUUAGCAGACUUUGGACUGGCAAAAGACGAGGUCACGGAAAUUGGUAGUGGGGCUUUAUCGUUAUGUGGGACACCCGAGUAUCUGGCACCGGAAGUGCUGGCUCGUAAGGGUCAUGGGACGGCGGUGGAUUGGUGGGGACUUGGUAUGGUGCUGUAUGAGAUGCUAACGGGUUUGCCUCCUUGGUACACUCGUAAUCGUCAAGAAUUGUUUGCACGCAUUCGUGAGGCCCCACUCGAGAUCCCCAACUAUUUGAGUCGUGACGCAGCUUCGCUCAUCCAAUCACUACUUCACCGCAAACCCGAGAAACGUCUGGGCAGUCGUAGUGCUAGCGACGUCAAAGUCCACCGUUUCUUUUGCACUGUGGACUGGGACGGUCUGUUAUGGGCUGAACCGCCAUUUAAGCCGUCAAACCCGCAGUCGAAGGAAGAAGGAGACACGUCGAACUUUGACAAGGAAUUUACAGAGCUACCUGUGAGCGGCACACCACUAAGUAAAUCUGCUGGUGGUUCUGGGUUGCCAAAGAGCAUGUUCACAGGCUUUACGUACGAGGCACCGACGAUGUCGUUUGGUUCCAACACAUCGCAGUCGAAGGUCGAUGUGUCGUCUACUCCGUAUAUUUAG